AUGAAGCAGUCUCGAUUGGAGGGCUUUUCCCACUAUUCGAGACAAACCCAAAGCAGUCAGCAUUCAGUAGUCAGUCAGCCGGCGAGAAGGUAGCUUGUUAAUCGCAGUAGUAAAGACAGCAUCAUCUCGUGUGACCUACGUGUUGGAGUAGUUCUCGAAAUCGGAGAUUCGGUCCGGUCAGUCAGGUUCUGUUUCAGUACGUUGCGAGAUUUGAACCAGUGCUGACGUCGACGCGAUUAUACCGGUAUCGAGCCAAACGGUUGCAGUGCACGUGUGUUGUUAUUGUCGAGCUUUGUUGUAUUGUUUGCGUCGCGCGCGUGCCGUUGCGUUGUCAUCGUUACCGAAAAGCCUCCCACCACCAUGCGUUGAGUCCGGUGGGGGUGGAACUCAUUUGCAUCUUUCUUGUAAAAAAUACUACGAAACGAACGAAACGGAUUUACUGAGGUGAAGCAGUGCCGCCUUGGGAAAAAAUAACGACUGUUGGAGGUUAUUUUGUGCAACUCUUGAAGAAAACAAAAGUGGUUGAUGUGACGACGACGACGACGACGUCGAUGCCGUUCAGGUGUGUAGCAAGUGCGUGUUCAUGACCUUCGUGGCUGUGUGUUGUGUUGCAGAGCAGUGUGUACAGCGUUGAGAUUGCUUCGCGUGGAUAGUUUAUUACACCGGAUGGAUCGUGCAUAUCGUUUUGAAUAUUAAUUAUAUUGGAAUAAAUAUCCAGCAGUAGCAGUGAUCGUCGGGAUAAUUGUCGUUCUGAGAAUUCCACCAACGCUGGAGGUUUGGAAUUACCCACUGUUGUAGGAGCAGUUUCGAUUGAAACUAUUUGUUAGCCACAGCAAGUGAAACUGACCGCAUUUAGGGAAUGCCGGUGCCUCGAUACGGUAAAUAAUACGGAAAGAAGCGUACGACGGCUGAAGAUAAACUACCAUCGCAUGAAAACUAGAUCGCAGCAAAUGCUUCGACUGUAGCGGGACUCCCCGGUAUUCGAAGCAGCAGCAACAGCAGUAGGUACCUUAGCCUCUAUCUCUCUCUCUGGCCGAAGACAAUCGGAUAGACUGCUGCUAGGUGUACAGUUAAUUUUUCCGAGCAACUGCAUGAAUGAAACAUUAAACCAAAAGUUAUGACAGCAGCUGAGUGGUAGGUGUGGGACAUUCAAUACACAACGACGACGGUUUCAUAAAAAAAAGACCAAAACGUGUGCACUAUUAAUUUCCUACCCAUAAAGUCAGUGAUUGAAUUUCAAUUUCAACAACACAACGACAUUGCUGUUGUUGUUAUUAAUCCCUAGAAUUGUUAGUGUUGGUGCUGGAAACAGCAGCAGACAAACGAGUGGCAUUUUGGUGGAUAUUGUGUUUGCAUACGAGUGUGUCACGAGCAAGGAAAGUCACAACGAAAGGCAUUGUGCUUGAUGUUUUUAACUGAAGAGAAAGAAGAAGAAGAAGAAGAUUUGUGGUUUACGUGUAACUGAAUCCUGUUUUAACGGAAACGGGGAGUUUAUGAGAGUCUCCUCAGCACAGGAUUAUUUACAUUGGUGACUAGCAGAUCAAGCAGAGUUGCAGACCCUGAAAGGGCCCAAGGAGAUGAAACAGAAACAACAUAUCAAGUGAAUCGAGUUCACCCAGCGCGAGGAGCAGCGCCAUCUGGAAUUGAACAGCUUUUUCCGCAUCGUUUUAGUUACUGCAAACAAAAGGAAACCGAAGAUAAACAACAAAAACACGGCCAACUAUUUUAUCUCGACCGCCCAACUCUCGCAGCAGCAGCAUCGUAGCCAGUGUAGCCAGAUAAAGGAGGGAAAAGCAUGCAUACCGCUCGCUCCACCGUGCUACUGCCGUUGCAAUCGUACGAUUUAUGCUAAAUUAUCAUAAAGACUCAACCAACCGUAACCGCGCGGGGAGAUUUAUCAGCCCUGUAGUAACAGCACAGCAACAACCGUAGUUUACCAUCAUGGCGCUGCUGAUGUUCCCAUUACUAGUGGCGUUACUUACGCACAAUUUGGCAAGUUCAUUUCCGCAGCAACACUACACCGACUACGUGCUCGGAGGCGAGCUGAUAAGCGGAGGAACGGGAGUUGGGUCCAGUGGAACGGGAGCCACCAGUACUGGCACCAGCGCCGGUGAACAGCGAUUCACGUGUCCCGAACCGACGACCACCACCAGCGACUGCAGCUGCAUGUAUGCCAGCUCCGAUUACGAGAUUCAAUGUCCCGUGAUUAAUCCGGAAAUUACGGUGAAAAUAAAACCUGGCAUCUACGCACAGAUACAGUGCUACGAGAAGCAGGAGUUUAGCGAACUGCCGACGUUGAAUGUCGGCAACACGACACAGGUAAAAAUCAUCCACUGUCCGCUGCCGCAACGGCAGUCGAUAAGGCAGUUUGUCAGCUUUCUUGGCGUUAGGCACGUCAAAGAUUUCUGGUACCAAAACUACGGGAAGGACCUCGGAGUAAGGCUGGUUCGGCAGCACUUUGAAGGUAUGCAGGACCUGGAAAAGCUAUUCCUAAGUUCCGGCAUCGAGGACAUCCAGCCGGAUCUGUUUGCCGAUCUACCGAAUCUGAAGUGGCUCAUUCUACGCAGUAAUCACGUCAAACUGCUCCAUAACGUUUUCGAUAACCUAACGAACUUGGUUAUCCUGGAGCUCGGAGCCAAUCAGAUCAUCGAACUCGAGCCAGGCCUUUUCAAAAAUCAACGAAAGCUGCGUCAUCUGAAUCUUUGGCGCAACCAGCUGCGUAACAUAACCAAAGAAUCUUUCCGCGGAGCGGAAACUCUCCAGGAACUAGACCUCUCGGUCAACGCGAUCGAAACGCUCAAUUCCGACGUGUUCACUCUGCUUCCGGAUCUCACCGUCCUGAACCUCGGUUUCAAUAGAUUCACCGAACUACCGGAGAAUCUCCUGUCCGAAAAUCGAAAGCUGAAAGAGUUCAAAUUCAUCAACAACCAAGCUCCCCUGCAAACCCUACCGGAGGCAUUCCUGGGAAACCUCUCCCAGCUCAAGACGGUCAUCCUGAAUCGCUGCAGCUUCACCCAUCUACCCGCUUCGCUGUUCCGCGGUUCCAGUGACAUCACUCACAUGGAUCUGAGCUACAACCAGCUCGGGUCCCUACCGGAAUUGCUUCUGCGAGAUCAGCUGCGUCUCCAGGAUCUGAAUCUCGCCUACAACGAAUUGGAAGCCCUUCCGGAACGACUGCUCGAAAACACCCGCGAAUUGCUCACCCUGCGGCUGUCCUACAAUCGCCUCUACAACCUUUCCGCAAGCAUCUUCGCCUCCCUGGACAAGCUGACCGAGCUGCACCUGAACGACAACUUCCUGCACGCCAUCGAUCGCUUCACCUUCAGCAGCACGAAAGCCCUGGAGAAACUGUACAUGCAGAACAACCACCUGUCGUUCCACGACUUCAGCUUCGUCCUCCAGGAGCAGGACAUCGGCGACACGGACGGUACUCCCUUCCAGUACCUGAACAACCUGCGGAUCCUGAACCUGCGCAACAACAGCAUCACUACCAUCUUCCGCGACUGGAACUACAACACCCUGCAGCUCCGAGAACUGGACCUCAGCUACAACAACAUCUCCACUCUGUCCUAUCUCAGCCUACAGUUCGUCUCGCAGGACGUCCGCGUCAACCUGACGCACAACCGCAUCUCCGAGAUCGACCUCAAAGACAUGGAACCCAUCAUCACCUCCCAGCGGCUGCAGCAGGACGACAGCAAGAUCUACGUCUACGUCAACGAUAACCCGUUGAACUGCAACUGCGUCAUAUUUUCCUUCGUGCAGUACCUGCUGAACGAACUGGACAAAGUGGUCUACCGGCGGAUACAAUUCGUAGCGGACGAACUACGUUGUUCGGAACCGCAAGACCUCCUCGACGUCAACGUGUCCAAGCUGCAAACCAAAGACCUGCUCUGCCAGCUGGAUCAACCCGGUACGGAGAUCAAACGCUGCCCGGCCAAUUGCAGCUGCAACGUUCGACCGCUCGAUCGCGGAGUUAUCGUCAACUGCACGCGGCAAGGGCUGACGGAAAUCCCGCCGCUACCGCAACCCACCAUGUUUGGAUACAACUUCAUCGAACUGCACGUGGAGGACAACAACAUAACCGAGCUGCCGACGGCGAAUUUGACUGGGUACGGUAAGGUUGCGGAGUUAUACGCUAGGAAUAACGCGAUCGCCGAACUGCUACCGGAGAACUUGCCCAGUAGUCUACGGAUUCUAGACUUGACACGGAACAAGUUGGCCAUGCUGAAUCAGUCGGUCGUGGAGGCACUGAACGGCAGCAAGGUUCUGGAGAAUAUGCAGCUGUCCGGAAACCGGUGGCGCUGCGACUGUAGUUCUGCGCAGUUCUUGAAUUUUAUCCAGCGCAAUCAUAAGAGAAUUGGAGACAUGGGACAGAUUACGUGCGAGAGCGGUGAGCCGCUCGAAUCGAUUACGGUGAGUGACCUAUGCAGCGAGAGUAUGACCACGAUCAUAACCGUCAGUGUGAUUCUGUCGAUCGUGGGACUGCUGAUAGGACUGUUCACGGUGCUGUACUUUGCCUACCAUAUGGAGAUCAAGGUGUGGUUGUUUACGCACAACAUGUGUCUGUGGUGGGUUUCCGAGGAGGAAUUGGACAAGGAUAAACUGUACGAUGCGUUCAUUUCCUACUCGCACAAGGAUGAGGAAUUUAUCACGGAGCACUUGGUGCCGACGCUGGAGAAGGAACCGAUGAACUUCAAGACCUGCUGGCACGUGCGCGAUUGGAUGCCCGGAGAGCUGAUUCCGACGCAGAUCGCCAAAUCGGUGGAAGACUCUCGUCGGACGAUCGUAGUGCUGUCAACCAACUUCCUGGAAUCGGUUUGGGGCCGUAUGGAGUUCCGCACGGCACAUCUCAAUUCCAUGGAAGAGAAGCGUACCCGGGUGAUCAUCGUCAUCUACGGAGACAUCGGCAACAUCGACAACCUAGAUCCGGAGUUGAAGGCUUAUCUCAAAAUGAACACCUACGUCAAGUGGGGGGACCAAUGGUUCUGGGACAAACUGCGUUAUGCUAUGCCUCAUCCGCCGACGGUGAAAGGUCUCAAGGGCAAGGGGCUGAUCAAGAACCACCUGAAGAGUUCGGUUGACGAUAAACUAGAGUUGAUCAAACCGGUUCCGGUCACUCCGCCACCUCUGACGACCCCUCCAGCCGAAAUGAACGGACACUUGUCACCUCCGUUUACCAUCUCCAACGGGAAGGUCGUCAACGGCAAUGGUUAUCACGUCAACGGACACCUGGUGAAUGGCCACGUCAAUGGUCACGUGAAUGGGGCAUUCGUCAUCAACAGCAAUGCCAAACAGAGUGACGUAUGAGGCAUUGCUCGACGGGCAACGACUACCAAAAAAGCCUAGACGAACCAGACUGAUUUGACGCUUGAGAUUAAGGCAAUCCAUCAGAUUAACCGCGAGUACAUCAACCGAUAAAAUUGUGAUAAAGGACAAAAUAUCAAAGAACCGCAGGCAAACAGAGUAACGAAAUAACUUAAAACCAGCAACGAUGAAAAUGGCACAACUUUGUCUUUUCGAAGCGAUCUCUAAAAUUAGUGGAAACAUAUUGAAUCUGAACCGAAACCGGGUAUCUAACGAAAUACUAGGAGCUUCUCAGAAAGAAAAAAAAAGAAUCGAACAGAUCAUAGAACAGCCUUCUGUGUACAUAUGAAAGACUUAUUUAUUUCUUAACGGAAACCUCGAAUAAGCAGUCUUCAGUUUAAGACGAACCUAUGUAGAUGUUUUUUUUUUCGAUAUUCGUCGAUAGACGAUAGUAAUAUAUAUAAAAUUUAUAAAAGAAGAGUAUUUUCCUACUUUACAAAUAUUAAGUUAAGGAAAUCGAAAUUUGUUGUUUUUACACGUCGUUUGUGAUUUUCUUUUUUCGUGUAUCUUUUAACUAGUGUAAACCUCGACGACGAAGGAAAGAGAUUUAUACUGUCAAUUUUUUGCUCGAGAUUCUUUUCUCAACUUUUAAUUUAGUGUAACAUAAGUGUAAAAGCGUAUAUUUACUUUCCCCUGUACACUACUACGCUAGAACGCUAAAACAACAAAGAAUUAGCAUGUAAGUAGUUUGCGUUUGAAACAAGUAUCUGAUCUAAUCCAAAAAAAAAAAACAAAGCAGAACAAAAACAUAAGAAGAUGAGUUAAGUAGCAAUAUUAGGAAGAAACGAGAGUUUGUUAAAGGAAUAUCAAGAUCUACAACUGAACAGUAUGCAAAAGGA